CAGCACCUAUCUCAAUUACACCUUGAUCUCAGAUUGGGGUCUUCUCAUGAGAGGCUCUCAACCUAGGAAGGACAGGACCCCCCCAUUGCUAGAUGGGUGAAGGAUUCCAGGAAUACAGAAUGUAUCAUAAGGUGGCAAUGUUGUAAUGCCACAGUAUGAUGCAGGAGCAUGGCAUCCUCAGCUGACCAUGUGACUCAACAUCACUUCCUGGACAUGAAGUCAUUUUGAAGAUGCAGUUUUGUAAGAACGCAGGCUAUUGUGUGCUACUGGACAUUUUACAAGACCAGGACAAGUUUGCUGCCAUGUGAAAUAUGGCCUCCACUAUUCAAUGAUAAACCUUCAGAGUGAGUUCCUGACUGCUAUGAACCAGCUUCACUGAACAGCUGAGCUACAAUCCCAUCAUCUGCAUAAACAACACAACCCUGAACCAUAACCUGGGGAAAUUAAGCAGCCCAUCUGAAGCCAGACUUUUUUGCAGGGGAUCUUUGUCAGCAAAGUUUUGGUUAGCACAUGUUUUGCCUCCCAAAUCUAAGGUAAAGCAGUACCAGGAACUUUCCUGAAGCACUUUUAUCUUCUGUGCCUGAACAUUGACGCGGUAUCUUCCUAGUGCAUCACUGAAGACCCAGGUCUUCUGCAACAUAGGAAAUGGAAGCACUAGAAGUGGAUGACAUCAGCCCAGCCUUGGAGGUGACUGAAGAUUUCUUCAACAGUUUUGAUACCAAGCUCGAAAAGAUAGUGCAGCCAUCUGAAGUGUAUGGGGUGCAGGAGGUCCCCGAGCUGGUAGGGCAUGAAGUGUUCAAUCAGAUCAAAGACAGCAGAGAUCUGAGAAAUGUUGCUUCUUUAGCAAAAAGCAGCCUUAUUUGGGAAGGCUGCAAGAAUGGCCUCUUGGAAACCAAAGCUCCGAAAGCAUUCCCUGCCAAAGAAUCAUUUACACUACAAAGGGGCAUAGCCCCAGACAACCUCUCCUGGGUGGAGCAGAGAGAGGCCUCCAGUUUUAACAUUUUCAAUAUCUGUCAGCGGAGGAGAGACCGACCCCGGUCUGUGAAUGAUAUCCUGGUGCACAAUGAGGAAGCCGCUACUUUCAAGCCAGGGCACAACCGGUCACGCUCUGAUAUCAGCCACAUAGACUGGGGAGUUGUCUUCACAGAUGCAACUCUGCAGCAGCAGAGUCAGGGUACCAACUGCACCAGAGUCUCCUUCCUCUCAAACAAGGGAGAGGACAUCCAAGGGAACACUGAACACAAGCCGACUUUCCCAAACAUUCUGAAGAAAGGCUACCUAGAUAUUAGAAAGGAUCAUGACAGCUUCUGGCAACCCUGUUAUGCAGAGCUGUCUCCAUAUAAACUCUACCUGUAUUAUCUUGACAGCAGUGGCAACCAGAAUCUUCCUACAGUCUAUCCACUUACGCACUUCCAAAGUAUCACUGUUACAGGCAACCUUGAAACAAAGAUGGUGGACACCAUCCUAUCAGACAACUCCCAGUUGCAGUUGAAGGCACAGUCAUCAUGGGAGGCUUUGGACUGGGGGCAGAAACUUUGGGAAGUGGUACAUUCCUCUGUGCCAGCUUUCAUGAGGCAACAGGAAGAAUUGGAAAACACCCAGAAACUGGACAACAAUGAUGACCUUGCCCAAAUUCAUGUUUUGCAAGAGAAGCCUGCUGAAUUUUUCCAGCCCACCAAUUUCACCGAAAAUAGCAAGGACUACCAAAACAUUAUCAAAUCAGGGACUCUUUAUAGGUUGACUGUACAGAAUAACUGGAAAGCAUUUACUUUUGUUCUGAGCAGAUCUUAUCUCAUGGCAUUCCAGCCUGGUAUACUGGAUGAAGACCCUCUCCUGAGCUAUAAUAUUGAUGUGUGCCUGUCUGUCCAGACCGAUACUCUGGAUGACUGUGACUCUUGCUUUCAGGUCAUUUUCCCUCAAGAUGUCCUCCGUUUGCGAGCAGAAACGCGCCAAAAAGCACAGGAGUGGAUGGAGGCACUGAAAUCUGCUGCAAAUGCAGCCAGAAAUUUAGGUCAAAACCUGCAAGUUACCCUUAGAAACAAAUCGAGAGAUUAUCCCUUUGGAAAGGACCUUAGGAAGAGCAAGCGCCAGUCUGUGACCACCAGUUUUCUGAGCAUCCUGACCACUUUGUCUUUGGAAAGAGGACUAACAGCCCAGAGUUUCAAGUGUGCAGGCUGUCAGCGCUCCAUAGGCCUCUCCAAUGGAAAAGCCAAAGUGUGCAGUUACAGUGGGUGGUAUUACUGCAGCACCUGCCAUGUGGAUGACAGCUUUCUAAUACCUGCACGGCUAGUACAUAACUGGGACACUUCAAAAUACAAGGUGUCAAAGCAAGCCAAAGAGUUCCUGGAGUAUGUGUACGAGGAGCCAUUGAUUGACAUCCAGCAAGAAAAUCCCAUGUUGUACAAGCAUGUUGAGCCACUGGCAACUGUAGUCCGACUGAGACAGCAGCUGAAAUCUCUCAGAGCCUAUUUGUUCAGCUGCAGAGCAGCAGUGGCCGAAGACCUGCGUAGGAGAAUCUUCCCCAGAGAGUACCUUCUUCAGCACAUCCACCUGUAUUCCCUUGCAGACCUCCAGCAGGUUAUUGAAGGAAAGCUGGCUCCUUUCUUGGGGAAGGUUAUCAAGUUUGCUACUUCUCAUGUAUACAACUGCAGCCUUUGUAGCCAGAAGGGCUUUAUCUGUGAGAUUUGCAACAACGGGGAGAUCCUUUACCCCUUUGAGGAUAUGUCCACAAGCAGGUGUGAGAGCUGUGGCGCUGUCUUCCACUCUGAGUGCAAAGUGAAGUCUGUCCCUUGCCCCAGGUGUGUGCGCAAAGAGCUGCAGAAGAAGCAGAAAUCCUUCUGGAGGAGACUCAAUAUGGACGAGAGCAUGGAGGAGUCUUGCACCAUGUUUGAGCUGUCCUACCAGAACACAUGACUUCCUUCAGUUUCUUGGCAACUACAAGAGAUCCUCUUCUGCAUUCACCUACUCAAGCAGCUGCUCAGCUAGCCAGGCAGAAAUCUUAUUGUGGAGAUGAUGUCUCACCUUGAUUAUUCGCUAGUACUGGCCAAAAGGGCCAUGAAAUCAGGUGGGCUUUAAACUACCAACAGCCAAAUUACAUUUUGUGGAGAAGUUGAACCACUAGGUUUCAUGCAAAAUGUGGUUUACUUGAAAUGCUUUAUGCUCAGCUAAUGAAGGUCCCAGCUUUUUCUUUUCCACCUCAGGAGAAGAUUUUUCCUUAAGGCAGAAAAUAUUUCCUGCCAAGACCUGUGGCUAAUUAUUAUUUUUGCUCUUGUUGUGGCUCACCCAGAAACCAUGAAUCAUCCACUUUAUAUUUAUGUAUUGUAUUUAUUAUUAGCCUUGGUUGAGGUUCUGAUGAAGUGUUCUGCAGGACUGAAGAAGGUGGCAGUCGUGCUAAGCCCACCUCUUCUUUGUAAUGUCAAUGCAUGGAAAGCCAUUUUAAGGGAAGAGCAUGUAGGGAUUUAUUUUUUUUGCUUCCUGAACAAGAUGUCACUUCUAACUUCCUAAUUUAGGAUGCUUGCAAACAUAAGACCCAGGAUAAUUCCUUUAGGUGUGCCCAUGCAUUUAUAACUGUCCCAGCAAAAUACUAUAAAAAAACAGCGGGGGAUAAUUAGUAUUUUGGGGUCAACAGAGACUUUCGUUGAAGCACAGUUGUGCCCUGUCAUUGAAGCAUCAUUGCUUAAUUUUAUACUUGUUAUUCUUGUCUGUCUGAGCCACAUCCUCAUUUCCAUCAAUGGUAUGUUGGUUCAAAUCCAUAUUGAUUUCAUGGUCAAAGCCUUUUUAAGGUUUAUUUUAAUCACCUUAAAUUAAUGAACAAUGCUUUGCUCAAAGACGUGAUAAAUAUGCUUUCCUAACCUGAAUCUACUAGGCCUACAGGAAAAGAAGCCUCUCCCACCUUUUAAGAAAAAUGUAUAAAGUUUUCCUAACUCCUGAAACAUAAUUCAGUCUCUUUGGUGUAUUCUUCUUGUGCAGUUUGUAUACUAGCUGCACUGAGCCAUGGCAACAUCAGGCAGAUCCAAAGGGAUUUUGGUACUUCAGUAGGAACUUACGAUACAGAAAGAAUAGUUCAUGGAAGUGUGUUCUGCCCUAUGUACUUGGAAAACUAAUUGCAGCAAGUUGCAUCUGCUGUGAAAAGAGAAUUUGUCAUUUGAUUGGGAAAACAAGUCACCACUGACAGUGUCUAAUUUGUCUCAUUAUUAGUGAGAUGUGAUCAUGAUCCCCUUUGCUUGAAUCCAUUAAGUAUCUUAAUUCUUUCUCCAGUGAUAUGUAUAUUACAUAUUACAUACAUAUGUGUUUGUGUGUAUAUUUGUAGAAAGCAAUUACAGUGUCAGGAGACAAAUUCACAGACUAGUGUGCAUGCGCAUUUAUUUGCCGCUGCUACCAAGCAAGUUUGCUAAAUUGCGGGCCAGCAGUCUAUACUUCCUAAAUAACUGCUUGACCCAACAGCCUCAGAUAUUAGCAGAAAACAGAGCCCUGUUCAUCAGAAUAUCAAGCUAAUUGCUGGAUUAUUAUAAAUAAAGGAAAAGCAGGCAUAGCACUUAAAAUAAGUGGUUGACAGGCCAAAAAAAGUUGCAUUCUCUCCUGUUCAGAUAUCAGUAUUUCUCUCUCUCUUUUUUGCUUUCCAGGGAAAAAAUUGCUGAACCUGAGCUCUUUUUUUUUUAAAAUGAUUAGGUAUAGUACAUGUAGGGAAGCAUGUUUCUAUAGAUAUUAGUUAGGCGGCCAGUGCCUUUGCCUUCUGUAAGACCCUAUCACUAUAUGUUGGGGGAGGGGGAGUCUUCAUUGUAAUGAAUAUAGUACUGACUGGUGACGGACCCUCAUAGUAAACUACUUUUUAACCCAGGAAGUUUAAAAGAUUCCCAUGUGCAGUGUACUUGCUGUCUGGAAAUGAAUUGGGCACCCUUAUUCCUAAAAUUAAUAUUUCCUCUAUACAGUACUUCCCCACAAGUCAAUGUACUUUACAUUAAAUGCUUUGUUUAUCCCUAGAAAUUAAAACGCUCUGUGGGGAUCCAACCUGGCUCCCACAGGAAGAAUUCCUGGCACAUUCACAAUUGUAAACACUUGGGGAAAUAUUCUGGAAUUAGUCAUGCAAAUGAGAAAUGUGGUAGCAUUCGUUAUAUAAACAAAACACUCCCACACUAUUUUCAUUAUGUGUCACUUAGCCGUCACAUGACAAAGCCAGCAGCUCUGAAAUCAUCAGGAGUUGGCUGGUAUAACUUUGAAUUAACUUCAAAUACAAAGUCAAGUCACAAAAAGGGCAGUUGUGGUUUUCAUACCAUAACACAUCCGAACACAGAAUACUUUACAGCAUUGGUUCACAUCCAGUCCAGUUUUGCUGGGGGGGUAUUUGUGUGCAUUGGCAGGUACCGUAUGACUUUAAAGAAGCAAGUUCCUUACUCUGUGUAUUAUUAGCUUAUUUGGUGUAUGUUUUAUUUCCAAAAGGCACCAGCGCCUUUCUGGAUAUUUCAAGCCACAUUCUGGAAUAAUUAGAACAUUCAAAUGGCAUCACUGGAGUUGUUCUGGAUUUAUGUGAGUGUAAUGGAGAGCAGAAUUUGACCUUUUAACUUUGAAUUAUGGCUAAAUAAAAUAUGGUAUAAAUUAAUCUUUUGGAGCUGGCAUGACAUUUAUGAUGGCUGCCAUUACCCCAAAGGGUAAUGUCCUAACAUAUUAGCAUCUACUGCCAAUACCAUAAGCUUUGUAUGAAGAUAAAUCAUAUUGUACGGGAGAGAUUCUUUGUUUAAAUACAGCAGUGUUCCAAGGGAGCCAAUUCCUAAAAUAACUUUAUGUUCAUUUACACCACCAGACCAGUAGCAUUAGCUUCUUCUGGUAGCAAUAGUAGGAGAUUCUAGUGGGCCUUGUCACAUGGUAAUUUUAGUUGGCUCCCGGAGCUCUUAACCCCCGGAUGGACCACACAUUAACACCUUUAAGUGGCUUAAGGCACUCGUUAUGCUGCUCCAAGGCUCCGGCCAGACUCUGUCUGAUCUGCAUAACUUCGCAUUAUCUGCAUAACCUCCAUGAAGGUGCAGCCACUCUCCACAGCUGUGCUUCUCAAGUUGAAGUUCUCCAGUAUCCCAGGAUUUUUUACAUGGUGCUUCUGUGUACAGCUGAAAAUGGCAACAGCUUGAGGUGGGUCAGGGCCAGUUUUGGGGGGGGGGGUGGAGUGAGGCAUGGAAAGCCAGAGUCAGCAUACCAGGAUGAUGCUGCAGGACAGGCAAAGCAUGGCCCAGCACAAAAGAGAGCUGCAUGAGGUGGUGCUGAGGAUGAGGUGGGCGCUGCAUGGUGGGGGCUCUGGCACUGACUCUGCUGUCCCACCCAGUGAGGUGCUGAUGGCUCCGUCACUGCCCAGCCUGAGAGAUUGCACCAUGCUGCCCUGCUGGUUUCCUUCUGGAGCACCAUGCCAUGGCUGGUGGGAGCAUUUAGUAGCCCCAGUAGUGGCAGGGGAGGAUAAGGAGGUGCUGUUUCAUCAUGGUGAGCCACCAGCAUGCUACCUGCACUAGGCUCCAGGGGAGGCAGGUGUUGUUGCUGAGAAGAAACCAGAGGGGCAGCGCACAGUGCUGUGCUCCUGGGCCAGCCAAUGAUGGAGCAGUCAGCACCUCGCCGAGCUGGACAGCAGAGCCAGUACAAUGCCAUGGCUGGUGGGAGUAUUUAGCAGCCCCAGCGGCUGGGGACAAUGAGGAGGGGCAGGAGUUACUGCGUCAUCACUGCCCAUGCCAGGGUCCAGGAGAGGCAGGUGACUUGAACAGUUACCUGUUCCUGCCCCCCUUCCCCAAGCCCUCUCUCACCCCCCUGCUGGUAGAGCAGGGAUAGAAGCCUGGCCUGGAUCACUAGGCUUGUAGUGGCAAGUCACAGCUGUGCAGGUGGGAGAUGGAGAAGGUUUUUAGCCUUAAGGUGUGACUGCUUCAGACUUGAGCCAGCACUAACACCAAUCAACAUUUGUGUGGCUCACAGCAUAAGGUGUAACAAGGCCUGAAGAAAUCUGCUUGGGAGACAUCUUGCUCCUUUAUUCAUUAAAAGAGUUGAACCCAAGUGUAUAUCAGCAUGCACAGGAAACUGCAUCCUCUCGGGCUCUUCUGUUAGGCUCACUGCAUCUUGGAGCCAUAAUGAAGGGACCAAUUCUGCUCUCCUUUGACCAUAGUGGGAGUAGGAUUAGGCCUGAAUUAAUUUUCAAAACCACAAAGCAAAAAGUGUAAAUUGAAAAUACUAUUAGUAAAAAGUAAAAAAAAAAGAAAUUUGUUACGUGCUGUUUCUAUGCUGGCACCCACUAAAAUGGACAAGAACACCUAGCAGCAUGAACAACAGCCAUUCUGCUUGACUGCCUAUAGUUCCUACGCGUAGACUAGGCUGCCGCAAGCUCCUUCUUGGUAUUAACCUGUGUGUAUGCACCAAGUGGAAAAGUGCACAGGAUUGCUCUGAUGUGCAAAUCUCUCCCUUCCACAACUAGAACGUAUAUAUUUGUGCUGGUCUCCUUGUCUUCCUUUCUUGUUGGCAAGGAGGUGAAUAUGUACAGUAGCUUUUCAUUGAGAGUCAAAAGUAAAAUGCACAGCUUUGUCUGAUACACAAUGAAAAUGUGCUCUUUGGGCACCUAGACAUGUGAUGGAGCUCUGCUCCAAUGUGGGCUAAUUAACAUACAUCGGAGCAGACUGGAUUAAUUGAGUCUGCUGCAAGUUUGCUGGCAUGUGCUAAGUAGUGUGCUCCAGCAGCCCCCACAUCAAACGAGUUUUUGUUAAAGCACCCCUGCUGCCAUUUUGAAAUGUGAGCUACUGAAUACACGUGCCAUUGUGAAUGCUUUAAUUAGAGUGGCUCUCAGAGCCGCCUCUACCCUGGAGCACGUGUAUAGACGCCCUUUGCUCCUGGGGAAGAAGUUGCACGUCAAGUUACUACUCUUAUGUGCUUGUACAGAACUAAUUAAUGCUAUAGAUAUAGAAGUGGCUAGAUUAUUGUCUGACUCUUACAACUGCUUAGAAUACUUUGAAAUAUCAAUUUAGUUAGCCUGAGAUUAUUUUUAACCUAGUACAGUUUAAGAGAAUGUGUGCAAUUUUCUCUCUUCUUCCCUCUUACCCCACCGCUAGCCCUUUUCACCUAAGUAAAGACCUAGCUAGAAAAUGAAAGUUGCAGCCUUUUUUACAUUGUCAACCCACACAAGGGAAAUUUCCAAAGCCUUGGCUUUAGGGGUCUGAAUCAGUCGUUGUCCUAAUCUCUGAUGUAAAGUGUAUUUUUACUGGCAACUGUUUUGUUUUUGACUGGAAACUCUUAACAGUUUUUCUCCCUUUAGCUUAAUAGUUACUAUGUUGUCACAUGGAAGAACAAAGGGGUUUUGGUGCAUGUGUUUUACCUGUUGCUUUGAGCUCUUUGGGCCUGCUAUGCAGAAUUCUUUAUGUAAAAAACUUUCUUGUCCUCCUCCUCCUCCUCCUUGCCAGUGCUGACUGGUGAAAGUUGAUUUCUCUGUACUGUGACACAGUGUUCUGGCUGGUACGUGCUGGUAGAAACUUGCUAGAAACUUGUAGUCGAGCUGGUUUCCAAAAUAUCCAAGGUAAGAUGCCUUGGGCAGGAACCUCAAGUUCUCUGUAGAGCUGAGGGCCUUGGCUUGCUCUACCAGGAGUGAAUCUUCGGGGAAAAGCAAGAGCUGCUCUUGUCAAGUCUUCUCCUAAACAUUAACAUUGUCACCUGUGUACGUUAUAUAACAUAUUGAUGAUGAUGUCCUGUAAGUUUAAAAAAUAUAUAUAUAUAUAUGGGAAGCCUCAUUACAUUGAGACGAGGAAAUUGAGGGCCUUUACUUUGCUUUCUCCCUGUGAGAAUGGAAACCAUUGAAAAAGCCUGUCUUUGGGAAAGUUAUGGUCUGCAUUGCAGCUGACUCUUGGUCCCUAUAGAAGGGAUUUAAUACACUCAUCAUUAUAAAUUUAUCUCUUACUUCUUGCUGCAGGUUUCCUUCUCUGUCUUACCAUCUCUUUUUGUCUUCCUUGCUCACAGUGCUGAGCCUUGCUGCUAGGCUUCAAGCUUCAGAGCCCAUGGUGUAGCUAUUGAAACAGUGGAGCCUGGUGGUUCCUCCUUCAUAAUUUGCCUUCUAAUUUUUCUUUCCCAGUAGGAGUGCCUUACAGUACUGUAUAUUAGUGGCUUUGUUCCUGUUGUGAAGUUCCUGACUGAAUCUGUUGCUUGACUAAUACUCUCCUGUCACUCGCAGGAUUCUCAGCAAUGGGGUAAAUCAAUUUGCUUGUUCCCCCUAGCCCAGUGGCUCUGUAGACAGUAUAUUGACUCUGUAUACACCAAGCUGCAUGCAAACCUUUCACUUUUGCUUAAAUUGGUGCCUUAAUUUCUAAAAGUGAAGGAACCGGUCAGCAAUGUUCUGUCACAUUAAAGCAUAUUUGGGAUUUGAGCUGUAAACCCUGACUUAUGUCAGUGUCCAUUUUACCAGGAACUGUAACAAUGAGAUUUCUUAAUUGUAUACACUUGGGGGUGGGGGGCAUACUGGGUUUGAAGGUAACUCGCUUUUUGUUUCUGUUGUGUACACUCAGGAAAGUGUACCUUCAGUAGGAAGGUAAACUGAGUUAGAACGUGACUUUCAGCAGUCACCUUAACUAACGUGGUAUUAAACCUGACUUUGCAGUAGAGACGGAGACCAGUAAUAUUUAACUGUGUGCCACCUGGUCCUCCUGAAACCAUUGAUUAGCUCAAGGCCAACCAACUUGAUGUUAAAUGUAACUGAACCUAUGCUGCAAACUGUGUUUACUGGCUUAACACAACUCCUCAAGCUCCUUAAUUUCAUGAAGAUCAGUACAGAGAGGUUUGAUCAAUGUCAUCCUUCAAAUGUGCUUGAGUGGCUUCAGUCCAACAAAUAAGCAUGGCAUGUGCAAGUCUAGGGGAAAGCUUUGAUAUGUGCCUGUUCCAAUUAUGUCUUUUUAAGUCCCAUAUCUAAACAAAUAGCAGGAAUCCCAUUUAAAAAUGGCAUUCAUGUCUGUAUUCUAGCUGCUUGAGGACUAAAGAGCACAGGAACCAGUUGUACACAUUCUGCUAUUUCUUGGAGACCAAAGGUUCACAUGCUGACUUGGGUCAUGUGUGAAGUGCUGGUUUCUGCUAAAUCCCGGCAUUAAUCUACAUCACAAAGCCAACACGUUUGGGAGUAAUCAGAAAGCUUGAGAGAACCAGAACUAAAAGGUUAUUGCUGGCUAAGACCAAUUUGUGGGCUUCGUUGGGACUCAUUUGCACUGACUUAACUGAAAAGAGACACUUUUAAUUAAACCAAUACAAACCCCUACAUGGAUGUUCUUAUUUGGGGGAGGAGAGAGAUUGUUUCAGUUUAGUUUUUAAGAGCUUGUCAACAGAAUUACUUUGAUUUAACUGUGGAUGCGAUUCCAAACUGAUUCUAGUUAGCUCAGUGCAAAAGCCUGGCCUUUUGUCAGUUGAGCUUAAGUCAGCCCUUCACUACUGACGCUAAACCAAAAUAAGUAAUUUAUGAAGUAAAAUUAUUAUGUCUCUACAAGAUUCCAUACCAGCUCCUCAAACCCAGUUUUUAAACCAAUGUAACUUAAGCCAGUAAAACUGGUUCUGUAGGCAUGGCCUAAGAACAGGUAGCUUGGGAAUUCACACUGGUCUGAACCUAAUCCUUCUUGACAAGCACCAAAUUCACCCACAACACUUAAGAAGAAUGGAUUUUACUAUUGAUGGCAUCUCCUAAGUUUGUAUGGAACCCUUCUUCCUGGUCAGGUGUCCCGCUCUAGCUAUUAACUUAUUUAUGACAAUUAUUUUGUUUUUUUUACUUUUGCAGGAUUUUUUUGUAAUAUCUGCACUAUUGAAUCUCUGUUCUUAUUAUUGGCAAAUGCAAUAUGUUAUCAUUGCAACUCGGUAAGUUAAAUGAUAUGUUGAAAAUGUACCUGAGUGGGGCUUAAUUUGGUUCAUUGUUUCACAGCACCAGUCCCUUGUGUAUAAAGGCAACUCUCAAUAAAUGGUACAAAAAUA